AUGAAGCCGCUGCGGGCGUUUCCCUUUCCGCUCAACGUCGGCACCGACAUCUGCCAAAUCUCGCGCAUCUACUCCAUCCUCCGCGGCCCACGCCGGGCGCGUUUCGUGAAUCGCAUCCUCGCGCCCGAAGAGCUGGCGCAAAAGGAUGCGCGCCUGGACUUUCGAGACGUGGCUACAACGAGUUCAUCGUCUCAGACGGACGCUCGCGGCGAGGCCGCUGCCAAGCAUGACGCCGAGGAGCUAACGCUACGGGCGACGCCGCUGUGGCAGUCGGCGGCGUUUCUAGCCGGCAGGUUCGCGGCGAAGGAGGCGGCCAUCAAGGCGCACUCGCACCGGCGGCUGACCUUGCACGACGUCAUCAUCGAGCGGAGGGGCGGCGGCGGCGAGGGGCGGCUGGGGAGCGGACCGCCGGUGGCACGGAUACGUGCGGGGGCUGGGCGGGCGGGCGGCGGCGGCGACGCGGACGGAGAGGAGGGGGAGCAGGAUGUGAGCGCCAUGAUCUCUAUUAGCCACGAUGGGGACUAUGCGACUGCGGUGUGCCUCGCGUAUGACCCGAGCGUGAUGGUGGAGGAGGAUGGGAAACGAGGAGGCGCAUGA